CAAAAACGGACUUUUGACUGAUUUUUACUGUUAGAGAAAAAUUAUUCUUUUGUAUUUCGAUGAAUAAACAUAGAAGCUUUCUCUGUGCGAAUUAACUUCAAUGGCCGUCCGUUAAAAAAUAAUCACCUCGUAUUAGAGUUACCGAAUUUUUGAAUAAUAUUUCAACCUACAGCGAUAUCCACCUACAUUAUUUUCAGUCACUUACGAAUCGUCCGCCUUCAAUUUCGAUCUAAAACGUGAACGAGUGUUUUGGAGCCAUCGCAGAAUUUUUUAAGUAGUACAAUUAGCAUUUUUCAAUUAUUCUAUUUUCGGAAAAGUAUAAUACUUUUUUUUACUUUUGUCCGAUGUAUUACGUACAAAAAUUUUUAUCACACGCUAACUCAAUUGUUGAAUUAUGAAUUAUUUAAUUAUUUCUUAUACUAUCUCUAUAAGUUUAUACAUCAAUCCAAUAGACACAUAGCACGGGCAGUAUUCCUCUAUUCUGCUUCUGUUUACAUUUUGUCUAUAUCUAUCGUUGAAGUAUAUACUACGAGCGAAAACAUAACCUCUUACAUAUGAAAAUCGUAUAUUUUUAGAUCUUGAAUUAUAUAAUAGACUAUGAAUAGUUAUGAAUAAUUUUUAAAUGUAUCUAUUUUUUACAUUUUAUCAAAUUACGAAGAAUUAAUAUGAAUAUUAAAAAAUACUUAUUUAAAAGUUUUAUCAAGAAUUUUUUCCGAUUCAAAUCUCACGAAAAAGAAUUAAAGCCAAAAAUUAUAAAUAACUCAUUUGGUAAAUAUGAAGUCGUAGAACCAUGGUAUGUUUCCGAAACGUGUCAAAGACACGUGCCAUCAUAUGUUCCUAAGCCAUCUUAUAGUUUAACUAAAAUCCCAGAACCAGGGCCAAUAAGGCCAGAAAUUAAAGAUAAAAAUCAAAUAGAAUGUAUAAAAGAAAGUUGUGAACUUGCACAAUAUGUUCUCACUCAAGCAGAAAAAUAUGUCAAGCCUGGUGUUACUACAGAUCAAUUAGAUGAAGUGAUUCAUGAAAUGAUUAUAAAUAAUGGAGCAUACCCCAGUCCACUUAAUUAUCGAGGAUUUCCAAAAUCUAUAUGUACUAGUAUUAAUAAUGUUGCAUGUCAUGGUAUCCCAGAUAAUCGUCCAUUAAAAUACGGAGACAUACUUAACGUAGAUGUGACUGUCUAUUUAAAUGGUUAUCACGGUGAUUGUUCAAAAACGUUUGAAGUAGGAGAAAGUGAUGCUGAGGGUAAAAAAUUAAUACAGGUGACUGAACUUUGCCUCCAAAGUGCAAUAAAAAUUUGUAAACCAAAUGAAAAAUUUUGUAGUAUAGGUAAUAUUGUGGAAGAAAUAGCAAAUAAGCAUGGAUAUAAUGUAAUUCCUGCAUUUGCUGGACAUGGCAUCGGAACUUAUUUUCAUGGGCCACCAGACAUCUUACAUUUUGCGCAUGAGUCUGCUGAAAGAAUGCAGCCAGGUAUGACAUUUACUAUAGAACCAAUUCUAAGUCAAGGUGGAAAAGAGGUAGAAAUUUUGGAGGAUGGUUGGACAGCUGUAACAGUAGAUGAUGCUAGAACUGCACAAGUAGAACAUACUAUUUUGAUAACUGAUAGUGGUUGUGAAAUAAUGACAAAGUAGUUACUGAUAUUUAUAAAGUUGAUAGCAAAACUUUAUGUAAUUCAGAACAACCUAUACUGUAGAAUAAAUUGUCUUUGAUUAUAUAA